CUUCUUUGCAUCACAUGACAACACACCGCCAAGCUUGAGAAGAAUAAUGUUUGUAUCAGGACAGUCUGUUGAUUUGAUAAUUUUUGUUGGAUUGGCGAAAGGCCUAGUACUAGGCUACGUAAUAAAAUUAGCAAAUUAAACAUCAUUUCUGAAAAGGCUACGAAUGGAUCACCAACCACUGGAAAACAGCAGUACUAAAGAGCUGACAGAUGUACAGCAAAAUUUUGAAAAACGAUUCAGUUGUCCGAUCUGCUUGGACCCCAAGCUGAAAAUGGUGGUGUCAGUUUGUCAACACAGGAUCUGUUCUGACUGCUUGUAUGACCAAGACAACAAGCUGCACAAGGCCAUGCAAAAUUGUCCCUCUUGCAAAAGGCAGAAUGCAUUUCCAGAAGACAGACCUGAUAUACCUGAAGAUGCCAUUCUGAUUCAGCGACACCUCGGUGUGACUGAGUGUCCCUUGGAUGGCUGUAAGGCUGGACUUUGGAUAUGGGAUGUUGAGAAACACAUUGAAUCUUGUCCGUAUGCUGUAGUUUCACCAAAACCUGGUGCCAAAAGGGGACGGAAGCCAACCCCAAAGCAGGCAGAAAAUGCCAGCACGUCGCCGGUGGCAAAACGACAGAAGCAGGCCCCACUACCCAGCACCUGCUCCAAAUCACCCAGCGAGGAGGACGCAGCAUCCACCAGCCGAGUCACCCGGAGCAGUUCCAGCGCAGGUCAGGUUCAGCAGCCCUGCCGGUAUCCACUGAGGUCAACCAGCCAAAGACAAAUCUCCAAAGAACAGAACUACCAGUAUCGCAGCUUAGACUACAGCUACCAAGCCUGUGACUUUGGCAGACACAUGCAGCAGCACAUGACUGGAGUUCCUCUUAACCAGUGGAAUCAUUUUGUCCACGUAGCCCAGAGAGGGGACCAUAUGUGGCAGCAGUACUAUUACUCAUACUGAUGAUCUGCCAGAAAAUGAAUUAAAAGAAACUGAAUUUUUUUUCCAAAGUUCAACUUGUACUGUCAAACUUCCUUGAUGCUGAUGCACCUUACAAAGAAGGGUUUACAUUGAUAUGUACUGGUUUGUUACCACAUGUUGUGGUGUGGCCAGAAGACUCCAACCAUAAGCCUGACAUUGGUUCUUUUGGGAGUAAAAGCUAGUUUUUCUCAACUCUUUGAACUUCAUUUCGAAAAAAAAGAUCAGAGAAGUUUAAGGCAAGGACCAUGGAGACAAAGGGACAAAAAUUUGACUGUCCUGUUGCAUCUCAGAUUCUUUCAAACUAUGCGUUUAUAGAAGUUUAUAGCACCAACUCAGAUAUUAUGCCCCAGAAAUACUACCCUACGCAGUGCUUUGCUCGAAAGCAGAAUUGCGAUAUUUUAAAAAUCUGCCAGCAUCGAUGUAAUGUAGCAACAGGGCAAAGCCACAGGGUCUGUGCAUCCUUAGGUGUAAAAAACACUUCCUACCCUAUGCCACAAUAACCAAAUCUGAACUUUUGUCUCUUCAAGAUGUCAGAAUUGGUUAUUUUCUUGAACAUUAGGCAUUGCAGAGUUUGGUUUUGUUCAAUGCGUCAUUAUUAAAUACCAUGCACAUUGUGUACUUGCAUGUGACCACAUCCCGCAGAUUCAGUCUUAAGGUCAUUUUUGUCAAUAAUUUGGAUUUAGUUUGCAUUAGACACAGCAACCUGAGCUGCUUGUUUUGAUGUACGUGCAUUAACAAGUUUAGUAUCCUUAUAUGAAAACGGACAUUAUGUGGGUAAAAUGUAUUGAUGGUUCUUAGUGAGUUAGUGCGCAGGAUUCCUUCAAAAGCCUUUCACUCAAAAGUGGCUCUUGCGACUUGUGCCUCAUUUUAAAGGAUGGGUUAUAUAUAGUCUAUAUGAAAAUCUAGAUCUGGAAUUAAACAUUUCUGUUGUCCUCGAAGACUUCCCACAUCUCACCACUUACAAAUAGUUUCUGCCAUGUUACAAAUAAAAAUGGCCUUGACCUUCAGAGAUAAAGUUCCAGGCCUGUAAAUGUAUUAUUUGUUGUACAAAGAAUUAUUUAUUGUAAAAAGAAUUGUAAAAAAAAAAAUCUAGAAUUAAUUAGCAGAAUUUACUUGUACAUGUAAUAGGUUGUGAAUGCUGUAUCAGUUGUAUUGUUGAAUUUGAUCUGUCUACAAAGGAGUGACAUAAGCAACGUGCUCUAUUUGUUUUUUGUUUUGUUUUUUCAGUGAAGUAAGUUUUAGUGGAAUGUCUUGCUCAUAGCCUUUCUUUUGGCCCAUCAAAUUUCAAGGUGUGUUCGAUUCUUUUGGAGAAUCGUUGUGGCCUCCCAGCGUACGUACAUGUACAAGAUCCUUAAAAACACUUCAAACAAAACAAGAUUUCAUGAGGUACCAGAAAUCCAAAUUUGUGGAAAACAUCUAAUUUGUAAAAGAAAUUUUGUGGUACCAUGGAAAGAGGAGAAUGAGCAGUCGCCUGUUACAAUUUCACAGUUACAGUGUUAAAUGCUCUGCCCAUACACAGCUUCUUGGCAAGUAUAAAUUUACAUGUCUAACAGCUGUCUGUGCAAUGAUUCUGAUCGUCAUGAACUGAUGAAUAGUGUAAUGUGGUAAACAUCAUAUCAUUACAGAGAGGUAUCUUUACUCCCUUGCCAUUGUCAAACAUGUAUUUAGGAUGGAAUUUAAUGAAGUACACGCACACUGUGUCCAUUAAAUUUAACAAAACUAUAUA